AGAGAUAUUUUGAAAUGGCGGAAGAGAUAUGCUUAGAUAAAGCCUCAAAUAAAAUCUCUCGCAGUUUCUCCUUUUUUUUCCCUUCUUAUAUUCAAAUAUAGGAGAGGAGUAUUAAUUUAUCUGAAAAAUAUCACGCAGUGUAAGCUGUGUUAGUUUCCGUGAAAUGGCAACACUAUCCAGCUUCAGUUUCAGCUUAAUCUCUCCGAAUGGAGGCAUUUACAGAGAUAAAUUUCAGAACAAUCGGACCAAUUGCUUAUUGUGCGGUGAGAUUUUGCUGAAGAGACGACGGCGGUUGGUUGCCGGAGGGGAUUUCGGGAGGUUGAAUUCUGUAAUUAGGUCUUGUUACAAUGGUGAAGGUAAUCAGAGUGAUGAUACUACUAGUAGUAGCAGCAACGGUGAAAGAGAAAGCAACGACAGUUCGAAUUUGGCCACGAUGACGCCUGCUGAGAAUGAAUCCGAGGAUAAUGCCGAUGAUCCACCGGCUUCUGCGUCUUCGCGGGAACCAUCAUUUACACCUGCCUACAGUAAUUUCCAAGUAGACUCUUUUAAAUUGAUGGAAUUGCUCGGCCCAGAAAAAGUUGACCCUUCUGAUGUAAAAGUUAUCAAGGACAAGCUUUUCGGUUAUUCAACAUUUUGGGUAACUGGAGAAGAGCCUUUUGGUGAUUUCGGAGAAGGCAUUCUUUUUCUUGGAAAUCUUCGGGGAAAGAGAGAAGAUGUUUUCGCAAAACUUCAGACUCAGCUGAAAGAGAUAAUGGGAGACAAAUACAACCUGUUCAUGGUGGAGGAGCCUAAUUCUGAAGAGGAAGACCCUCGCGGUGGCCCCCGUGUCAGUUUUGGCAUGCUGCGCAAAGAAGUUUCAGAGCCAGGUCAAACAACACUUUGGCAAUAUGUGAUAGCUUUUCUAUUGUUUCUUUUUACUAUUGGUUCCUCGGUGGAGCUUGGAAUUGCAUCUCAGGUAAGCAGACUUCCUCCAGAUAUAGUGAAAUACUUCACAGAUCCCGAUGCUGUUGAACCACCAGAUAUGCAGCAGCUGGUUCCAUUUGUGGAGUCUGCUUUGCCUCUGGCCUAUGGCGUAUUGGGGGUUCAGAUAUUUCAUGAAGUGGGACAUUUUUUUGCUGCUUUUCCGCGAAACGUGAAAUUGAGUAUUCCAUAUUUUAUUCCAAACAUUACCCUUGGUAGUUUUGGUGCGAUCACUCAGUUCAAGUCUAUUCUUCCUGAUCGGAAAGCAAAAGUAGAUAUUUCCUUGACGGGACCAUUUGCAGGAGCUGCUCUGUCUUUUUCAAUGUUUGCUGUUGGGCUGCUGCUUUCAUCGAACCCAUCUGAGGCGGGAGAUAUGAUUCAGGUUCCAAGCAUGCUCUUCCAGGGCUCUUUGCUACUUGGGCUUAUUAGCAGAGCUGUUCUAGGUUAUACGACUAUGCAUGCAGCAACAGUUUCAAUUCAUCCUCUGGUGAUUGCUGGAUGGUGUGGGUUGACAACAUCAGCCUUUAACUUGCUACCUGUUGGAUGUCUUGAUGGGGGAAGAGCCAUGCAGGGCGCUUUUGGGAAAAAUGCACUGAUUGCUUCUGGUUUGGCUACAUACAGUCUGCUGGGUCUGGGAGUGCUGGGGGGUCCGUUAUCGCUUCCAUGGGGAUUAUACGUGCUGAUAUGUCAGAGGAACCCAGAAAAGCCAUGCUUGAACGAUGUAUCAGAGGUUGGGACUUGGCGAAAGGCGGUGUUUGCUGCUGCAAUUUUUCUAGUGGUGAUGACGCUUCUUCCGGUGUGGGAUGAGCUUGCAGAAGAGUUAGGUAUAGGGCUUGUAACGUCGUUGUAGCUCCUUCCCGCUUGGACUUAGAAUGCCAUUUUUUGGUGGGAUACACAGCUACUUUUCUUCCUCAUAUUGAACAUGGUAUGGUUGAUAUUUACAUUUACCAUUACAAAAUAAAUGAAUCUAAAAUCGAUGAUA